AUGUGGGUACUUGCGACGGGGCUUCAGGCUCGAUUACAUCACGUGCAGUGCAGCGGGAAGCAUCCUCGGGGCUACGUCGUCUUCGCCAACGCGGCAAUCGGUGAGAUUGGCUCAACGCAGUCAGUGUACCCAGCUUCUCCGGGGACGUCGCAGCCAGCCACCACCACCACCACCACCACCACGACUCGGGCGACGACGACUACCAGCUCAUCCUUGGGCGCUUGGGAGCCCGUGGAUGGGGGCGAAGGCCGCGCCUGCCGUGGCAGCAGCCGCGGCGACAACAACCCUCAGUACUACCAGCUCGCCCAAGGUGUGAUGUCGCUGGAGGACUGUCAGAUGCGAUGCGCUGCCACGGCCGGCUGCCGCGGAAUCGAGUUCUCCCGCCAGCGAUGCGAGGUCUGGGUGCGGCCGAUGGGUAUCCAGGCCUCCAUUCCCUUGGCCGGCUUCACCUGCAUGCGCUAUGAUGGCCCCCUGGUGUCAACGACAACGCCCGCGGCGGGCACCUGGCUGCCCGUGGACGGCGGCGAUGGUCGCGCCUGCCGUGGUGCCUCUCGUGUUGACAACUCCCCAGACUACUACACCGUCGUAGCCGGCCUCGUCAGCCUGGACGCUUGCAAAGCGCAGUGCCAGGCCAUGACAGGCUGCAAGGGAGUGGAGUUCAAAAUCGGCCGCUGCGAGGUGUGGACGAGGCCCCAGGGCAUUGGCGCCUCCAUCCCGCUGUCAGGCUUCACAUGCCUCAGCUACCAGAGUCCGGCCAGCAGCACCCAGUCACCUAGCACUGCAACCACCACGACGACGGCCACCACGACAGAGGCCACCACCACGGUGGCCACCACGACGGCACCGGCAACAACAGCGCCCACUUCAUGCGCCAGCGCCUGGCAACAGUGCGGUGGGCGCAACCAUGCCGGCCCCACUUGCUGCGUGGAGGGCCACCGCUGCGUCGUCGACAACGAGUGGUAUUCUCAAUGCCAGCCAGAGGCCGCCUUCGCCCAAGCCGCGGCCAAGAAACGGGGCGGCCGCCGCAGCAGGUUUUUGGGUCCAAGCUUCAUGCAGUCCAAGGCAAAGACGCGUUCAGCGGCCUCCACUUCCCCCACGUUUGAGAAGUGGGAGCUGUAA